CUUCCGGAAUUUGAUGUUGAGAGAGGUUGAGAUGGAAAAUCAAACAGCUCUUAGUAACACUCCAAUAAUUAGUUCUUGUCCGAUUCCAGAAUAUGUUCUUGACGACCUGUGUAGUCGUUUUAUCAUCAACAUACCAGAAGAAGAAAGACAGGAUUUAAUUCGUAUUUUCUUCCAGAUAGAGUUAGCUCAUUGGUUUUACUUGGACUUCUACUGUGCUGAAAAUUCUGAACUUAAAACUUGUGGAAUCAAAGAUUUCUCAUCUCAAGUAUUUAAUCAUUGUCCUUUUCUGAGUGGACAUGCUGGAGAAGUGGAUAAGAUUUUGGAGAACUGGAAAUCCUACAAGAUGAGUGUGCCCACUUAUGGAGCCAUUAUCUUAGACCCAGAAAUAAAGCAUGUUUUAUUAGUACAAGGAUUUUGGACCAAAUCAAGUUGGGGAUUUCCAAAAGGCAAAGUGAAUGAGAAUGAACCACCAUAUGAUUGUGCUUGUAGAGAGGUGUUAGAGGAAACAGGGUUUGACAUCACCAAAUUGAUAGACAGAAAUGAAUAUUUAGAAAAUCAUUUCAACGAUCAGCUGACCAGAUUAUAUAUAGUACCUGGAGUUCCCCUUGAUACCAAAUUUAAACCAAAGACCAGGAAGGAAAUAAAGAGUUUACAGUGGUUCCCUAUGGAUGCAUUACCUGCACACAAAAGAGAUAUGACACCAAAGAUGUUAAACAUGACACCAAAUAAUUUCUUUAUGGUUAUUCCUUUUGUAAAAAAUAUUAGGAAAUGGAUCAGAAAUAAAGUGUACCCACAAGAAACAGAUUCAGAUCCACAAGGCCAUAUCAAUCUACAAAAACAGAUGAAAAACAAAGAAAGAGAGAAUAAAAAACUCAAACUACAGCAGUAUUUUGCUCAGCAGUGCCAACAGGAAUACCAAGAGUUAUAUCCCCUGAAAGAGGGUCCACAGAACAGUACAAGAUCAGUAUCUCCUAGGAAAGAUACAUUUUAUAAAUCUAGGCAACAACUGUCACCUGUUCAACAAAAAACACCUAAAUUAUUGAACCGAGAUGGUACAAUAUCAGGAGGAGGAGGGACACCAAGAAGAAGUUUAGCAAGUCAAUUUGAUAAUCAGGGUACAACUUCCAAAGAAAGACCAGACUAUAGACAGUCACAAGAAACAUCUGACUUCUUUAACAGAAUGUCAGGAAAUCCCGAAAAUCCUUUAGAAGCUCAGGACAGAACAGAAUUCUCAAACCGUCCUACAAAAGAUAAUCAAAAACGUUAUGACAGAGCUAACCAGAAUAGACCAACAUAUAACAAACAAUUGUAUGAAAAGACAGGGAAUCCCUUACAGGAUAGACAGAGACAAGCCCACAAUAGUCCCAGGGUGAAACCCCAUCAUACAGAUAAAAAUAGAUCAACUUUUACAAAGCCUUAUGUUCAAGACAAAAAAUUUGUCCCAAUAACUGACCCAGAUGGGCUUGGUUCAGAAUCAUGGCUGAACUUUAAACUUGAUAUUGAUGCCGUUAUGUCUUGUUUAGCUUAAAGUGAAUUAAUACUUUAGUUAAUUUGUGCUAUCUGCCAUGAUCAAGAAUGUUGACAAAUUCUUGUGUUAAAAUUUAUAUUGAUAGAGUUGACAUGCUGAGUAGUAUUUGUAGUUUUUGUAACUGAUAGUGUGAUGGAAUGUAAAGUGCUAGUUAUAGAUAUUGUUACUGUAGUAAAUAUAUGAAAUACACACAAAUAUUAAUAUUAUUUAUCAAACCUUAA